AGACCAAGUAGUGUUAUGAUAAAAGAGGAGAGAGAAAGUAAACAACAAUUCUUCUACCCAAAAACUUAAAAACCAGAGCAACACAAAAACCAAAAACUAAAUCAGGAGAGAGAAAAUAAGACUGGCUGUUUUCCAUGUUGCUGUUGUAGUCUUUGAGAUUGAAUUCUGUUCUGGCAACAAAGAAAACAUCAGUAAGUGUUGUUGCACUGCACCUUAGUCAUGGCGGCGUUUGCAGUUUUUGCUUUUAUUACCCUGAAUUUUGUCUAAAAGAGGAGGAGAGAGAAAAUGAAAAUUUUGUUACCCUAGAAAAAAAUUCUUAAGUUUUUUUUGUUUAAUUUGUUUUAAGUUGAUUUUUAAAAUUUUUGUAAUGGAAAUGAAUUUGAUGAAAAAAUGGCUGCUUUUUUCUCACUAGGAACACCAGGGAGCAGCGGAUCACAAAACCCGCAAAAUAAUAAUAAUAAUAAUAAUAAUAAUAAUAAUAGUAAUAAUAAUAAUAAUACUUCAUCAGUUCCUUCUGAUAAUCAAGUUCAAAAUUCGUGGGUUCAUACCAGUAACAAUAAUAAUAAUCCGGGUUUGGUAGUUUAUUCUAGAAAUAAUAGUGAGGAGAUCUACCCAAAAGGUAGUUUUGAGAUAUGGCAACAAUACGUGCAAGUCCAUCAUCAUCACCAUGUUCCGAAGCUACACCUUCAUCAAGACUAUCACCACCACCACCAUCAUCAGCAUCAGCAUCAGCAACAUGUUUUUCUAGGGGAAUCACAGCCGUCUGUGGUGGUAGGGCCGUCGUCUGCGGCCCCGAGUAGUAGGAGAAUCUUUGGAUUUGAUGAGUAUCCUAACAACAACGAUAAUAAUAGUAAUAAUAAUAAUAACAAUAAUAAUAAUACGGUGUUAUCUAGUGGUAGUGGUAGUGGUAGAUCAUCAUCAGGGUUUAGGCAAUUAGGAGUUGGAAGUGGUAGUGGUAGUGGGGGUAUGAAUUGUCAAGAUUGUGGUAAUCAAGCUAAAAAAGAUUGUGUUCAUCUUAGGUGUAGGACUUGUUGUAAGAGUAGAGGCUUUGAUUGUUCUACUCACGUUAAGAGUACUUGGGUUCCUGCCGCCAAGCGCCGUGAACGCCAACAGCAGUUAACUUCCCUCCAACCACAACAGCAGCAGCAACAACAACAACAACAACAGACUCAACAAAUGAUGAGAUCGUCUGGUGGGUUUGGAAGUGGAGGCGAAAAGAGGACCCGAGAAAACCGGAGUAGUUCUCGUGUCCUUGCUCAUGCCGCUACUACUACUACUACUACUACUACUACCGCGGCAGGGUUGGAAGUGGGUGAUUUCCCAUCGGAGUUGAACUCGCCAGCAGUAUUCCGAUGUGUUCGUGUGAGUGCAUUGGAUGAUCCAGAUGAACAAUUUGCUUAUCAAACAGCUGUUAACAUAGGAGGACAUAUCUUCAAGGGUAUCCUGUAUGAUCAAGGACCUGAAACGCGCUAUGGUGGUGAGAGUUCGUCUGAGGGUAGGGCUCAACAACACGGCCUCAUGUUACCGGCGGCUACUACCACCACCGACCUAAUGGGUACCGUUGGUGGUGGUAGUAUUAAUAACGCUACAACAGCUAGUUUGCUCGAUCCCAUGGGUACCUCUACCAUCUAUCCAGCUCCUAUCAACGCUUUCCUGGCUGGUACGCAAUUUUUUCCACCCCCAAGAUCUUGAAUAUCGACACUUCCAUUCCAUUCCAUUCCUACACACAUUCUCCCUACCUACCGGCCUAACUAGCUAAGCUAAUCCAUCAUAUCAUUUGAUGAUAUGCAUGAUGAGGAAAAAUUAGAAAGAAGGAUUUUUAUGUUAGUUUAAUUUAUGUGAGAUUUUAUUAUUAUUGGAUUAUGUUGAGAGAUGAUUAUCAUCAUAUCCUCAUGUUAAUUAAUUAUUCAUCAAGACAUUCUUGUUUGUUUAAAUUUGAUUCGACUUUAGUUAAUUAUUUGAUCAA